ACGCACGCAAUAGCUAUUAAUAUUUAACAGUCACCACCUGAAUUUGACUCAGCAGUGUCAUCUCGGCUUUACGCGCAAACUCAGCACUGAAAAAACAUCUUUGUUUUCUUUUUUGGAAGAUAAAAUAAUCGAGACGUUUUAGUUUAAAAGGGCUCUGCCAACACAGGCAACGUAAUUGUAUAGUUUAGACUAAUCGAAAAUCAAAAUGAAAUAAAGAAACAUCCGGGAUGUAAUUUUUUGUUUAACCAAAUAGGUAAAGCGCAACGGGUUUAUCUGAAGGUCUAGACGCGCGGGCGAAUCUCGGGUGCUUGUAGUGACAACAAGAGAGAGGCGCGCGCGGAAAAAUAUGGAGUUGAAUUCAGUCAUUUUAACCACUGGAGCCUCUGUGGGGUUUUUCAAAUGUGUAAACUAUGGAAUCGACAAACUUCCUAUCCCCGAGACUGCUCAGAGGAACGCUUGGAAAUGGAAAAACAUCUCAACGUCUUUCGUGCACAGCCUGAUAACCGGAGUGUGGUCUGUGCUUUGUUUUUACAUACAUCCCCAGAUGGCUGAGGAUUUGAUAGCGACAUACUCUGUUUUCUCACACGCCCUGGUAUCUGUAUCAAUCGGGUACUUCAUUUAUGACUUCUUUGAUAUGGUUCUCAAUCAGAAGAUUGGUCAAUCAUGGGAGCUCCUUUUCCAUCAUUUAGUGGUGAUCACCUGUUUUGGGAUCUCUGUGCUGAGCUGUCGGUAUGUGGGCUUUGCAGUGGUGGCACUGCUGGUGGAGAUCAAUUCCAUCUUUCUGCACCUGAGACAAGUGCUGCGUAUGGCCAACCUGGCCAAAUAUACAUUCUAUCGCGUCAACAGCAUGAUAAACCUGGGCACCUACGUGGUGUUCCGCAUCAACACUUUGGCUUGGAUGACCCGCUGGCUGGUGCUCAACCGUGAACACAUCCCCCUGUUCAGCUACACCAUGGGCAGCGUAGGUCUGGCCAUCAUGACCGCCAUGAACAUUGUGCUGUUUUACCGCCUUAUGAGAAGUGACUUCAUGAAGUCAAGCCGUGAGAAGGAGGUCAAGAAGGAGAAGGAGAUCCAGGAGUAGGUCUGACGACUUGUACUCCAGCUCGAACCAAAUCCACUCUCACCUCCACUAUUCCUUGACUUUGGAUUGCCAGCAUCUGAUGCUCAUGGUACAUGUUUCAGUUAAUUUCUAAGGUUAGAAAAACAACCUUUUAUUGACUUCAUUUCUAGUAGACCGGUUUGUUGUCUAGAUCAAACUCUGUCAUUGUGAGCUAAAUCACUCAUGUAGACCUCAAGCUGUGCAAAGACAUUAUUUUGGUGGCAGUUGUCACAGGUUUACAGAUGUCAAAAAACAGGAAACAUAUAUUUACAUGUGAAAUUUCACUCUUAAAUACUCCUGCAUGAUUUACACAAUGACUCAAAGGAUUUGAGUGGAUGACUUUCAUUAUUAAAUGGAUAGUUCACAUAAAAAUGGAAGUCUGUCAUCAUUUAGUCACCCUCACACCUGUAUGACUUUCCUUCUUCAAUGUAACACAAAAGGGAUGUUAGGCAGAAUGUUAGCUUUAGUCACAAUUCACUUUCAUUGUAUUAAAAAAAAAUGCCAGUGAAUGGUGACUGGGGCAACAUUCUGCUUAGCAUCUCCUUUUUGUUUGUGUUUCACAUAAGAAAUAAAGUCAUACUGGUUUGGAACAACAUGAGGGGGAGUAAAUGAUGACAGAAUUUUCAAUUUUGGGUGAACUAUCCCAAAGGAACUGGAUCUGUUCAUAUCAUAUGCUAAUGCUAAUCUACCACACUCAACUGACCUACUAAAAAUUAACAAAGAUUCAACUUAAAUAGGAACUGCUUGCGUGAUAUUAUAAAAAUAAUUAAAUAUAUAUAGAUAUAUAUGAUUUUUUUUAUCCAAAGUUGUCUUGCAAAGACCUUAAAAGUUGGUUUAUUUAUUAAAACUAGCAUUAAGCUAAAAUGUGUUGUCUGGCCUCAUUAACGCCUACACCUGCUACCUCAUGAGCUUGUAGCAGUUAGUAUCAUCAUAUUUCUGUAGUAUGCAGAUAUUGAAUUUGCUAGAAUGCCUCAGAGCUGGUUUUAAUUUUCAAUGUUUCUGUACUGACAAUGAAAUAAUGCAGUUAAAAUUGUGUGAUCACUGAUAUGAAGUGCCCAGCAUUCAGUACUGUAUUCCACCUUGUGGGGAAAUCACUUAUACUCGGUUGAUGUACUAUUUUUUUAAAUGGAGGACCUGAUUCUCGAUGCUGGAGCCAUCAACACAGUUAUCAGAAUUAAAAACACUCCUGCUCAUUCUUGUGGAAAUGACAUGAACCAUCUGAAAUCUGACAGCUUCAGACUGUCAUUGCACAAAUCAUGCCGUAGGUGGCACUACAUACACACACAACGGUGACCUCACGUUAGUUUUUGCUAAUAUUUAGUGUAUAUAGAGAGGCAGCAGCACCUAUAUUGCGUAAAAUGUGCUGAACAUUGUUUUGAUAAAGCUUUGUAAUUUCAUUUCUUUUUGUUGUAUUUUUUUAUGUUUGUAAUUUAUUUUUACUUAAUGUCAUUAAUGGUUUGUGGUUGAAUGUUUCUUGCAAAAAAUCCCUUUUAAAAACAAUGCGAAAUGGUGAAACACUGUCUUGUGCUAAAGGGGGUUUUGAUGGAGAACACGGAAAACAGCCCAGUUUAUGACUUGGAAACAGGUCAGACGUACUAGUAAAGGCAUUUAUACAUGUGGGAACUUUGUUUAGCCUUAUUUUAUACAACCAGUGCCAUUGAGAUUGUAGAAGGAAGUCUGACUGGGCAAGUGUGGCCUGUCUUUGCGGCGGGAAAGAUGACACAAUGUAACCACAUGUAGCAUCACCAACUUGUGCCACAAAACUAUUGUUCUCGUCGAACCAAAGUUUAUUCAUAAUGAUGUUUCAUUCAGAUGUAAUUUACAAUACUCAUCCCUGUUUUUUUUUUUGUUUUUUUUUUAUUACUGAUUGAAGGAGUUAUAAACAAUCAAGGAAAUAAACAGCAGCUAAUGUUUAUGUUUAAAUAAAUGAAACCUUUACAGGAACUUGACUGCAAGUAUAUAAAAAAUUGAGUGUUCAAUGAAAAGUUUGUUGAAAUUGCAAUUUACAUGUAUGUUUUUAUUUCUUCAUUAACAGUUGGCAGCUUCAGCGACUAGCAAUUGUGUUUGUGCUCCUUUAAUGAGAUGACUAAGGCAAAUGUGUAACUGUUAGUGAUUUGAGAGAAUGUGACUUUUUGACUUUAAAAAAUAUGUAAUUUCAGCAAUGUGGUUGUUCUUUAUUUGAGAUUGCAAUUCUGUGAUGUGUUUGGUGAAUGGUUGCUACUUUUAUAUUGUGGAUCAGAUUUAUGAGCAUGGUCUUGCAGUGUCAGUUUUCCAAAGCUAUAGGUUAUUAGAUUUAAACAUUGCCAAUUGUACUGAAUUAAUAGAAAUCCCAGUUGGAAAAAAAAAAAAAAAAAGAUAUCCAUACCCAAACCACAGUCCCAGUGCCCUCAC